CAGGAUCCUUCUGCUGCGACGAGCAAACCAGCCGGUGGCCGCCGGUUCUCUCUCGUGCCCGAGACUGCUACCACCGCCGGUGGCUUCCACCCAAUCGAUGACCCCGUCGUCCUCGGGGGUCUGAUGUGGCUUCUCAAUCAGUCUAAUAAUCUGCCUCAGGUCUCCCCACGUCCUCCAGCCUGGUUGUCUCCAGGUCAUGGUCCAGUGCUUGCCGCUUCCAUGGCCAGGAAAGACCUCCGGCUACCGGGCCGCCGCAUUCGCAGCAUCAGUCAGGGCAAUGAGGACGCCGGUGAGAACUCCUGGAUGCACGAACACUGGGCACUGAUGCAACGAAGG